AAAUACAGAAUCAUCUGAGCUGUUGUUGUUGUGUCGCAGUAGUGUUUGUUUAUACGAUCAAACCAAAUUGACGGUGCAAAACUGUAACGAAAUCUGAGCACGUAACGUGCCGGAUCAACGAUGGAGUCUAACAAAAAGCGAGACUUGGAAAUCGUGUACAAUUUGCUGUGGAAAAACGAUCCUGCAAAUGGCGGUGAGAAAGCGAACAUUGUCGGAAUGUACGACAUACCGGCGACGACGCUCAACUGGGAGGUGUUCAAGUCCUAUUUGCUAAAAAAUGCUGGCACUGCGUUGGACGAUGUGAAAGUGUCGUACAUAACGUCCAGCAAUCGGGAGUUCCCCAUACAAUCGCAGAGGGACUUCGAAAUUGCGUUGUAUGCGUUCAGACGUAAGGCCAGAAUGAACGAGAUCAUCACCCUUAAGUUGGACAGGGUGUCUUCCCAGCAGACAAAAACCAAGACAAAGAGGCAGUCCAUAGAUGUGGAGACUCAAUUUGACGUCGUGGAUUCACCCAUCACACCGCCGGCAGCUGAAGAAGAACCUCCCAUGUGGUUCACUACAUAUAUGGCAAAGUUUAAAGAGGAGGUAUCCAAGGAAAUUAAGUCCGCUGUGGCAGCAUCAGUUUCUAAUUUGAAACCACCAAUGGCGACGGCACCACCAGCACCUUCCCAACAUUUUUACCACUCGCGCAAGAGUAAACCAGAAUCCAAGAGAUCCAGAAAAUACCCCAGCAUUGUUGAACAUCAAGUGAAUGACAAAGAGAUAAUCAGAUCAUUGAAGUUAGAGCGUAAGCUCGAAAAUAAACUGGAAAAACUCGAAAACAAGACUAAAAAAAUCAAGGAGAAGAAACUGGCCCUGUUCACUAAAUCGACAAGCGACAGCGAUGCAGGUCCGAGUCACGCCAGUCUCAAGAAGAUGAGGGACGUUACGCCCGAAUAUCAGAUGGACGCGGCCGUGAUCAAGAACGUUCAAGAUCACAUACCACGUUUCCAAGGCGGCGAGAUCUACAUGCACACUUGGAAUGUGGUAAAUACUGGCUUGGAGAACUGGACGUCAGAUACGUAUCUUCAGUAUACCUGGGGUUCCAAAGCGUUGCAUCCUAUUGGAGCUAGGGUUCCUUGCCCGAAACUCAAGCCUGGAGAACAGGGAACUAUUGGCGUGCAGCUUAAAAUACCUUUCGAGUAUGGUACUUACGAAUGCUACUGGCACUUCCAUCACAUGGGUCGCAGGUUUGGUCAAUGGCUAGGUUGUCAAUUGACCGUUGUCCCAUUCCACGAACCACCAACGAAAGUGAGUUGCUGUCACGAAAGCGUCGACGAGAAAACUACACCGAUGAAAAUUCUGAAAUUCUCUAUUGACACACCUAAUCAGCAGCCAAACAAAUUAGGUGCACAAGAAGAAGCUUUGGUUGAUGCCGACGAGAUAGGUGAAAAGAAAUUUAUUGAUCAGCUAGUGAAUGCCAGAUUAGAGGCUCUGAAAAUCCAUCACGAACCAACCGACACAAAUUGUAGUUCAGAUUCUGACAAUCAGAGUGUUAAAUCGUCUUCUGACGAAGCUGAAUCUGGUAAAGUAUUGGGAGAUGAGUUUGUGUUGGUGCCAGUCCCGAUAAAAAUGGAACCUAAAUUACCCCAAACGGAAAUACCGCCACCAUCCAGCUGCUAUCGCAUCGAUUCCAUCGAUCUGUUCGAAGUGGAGGAGGAGGUGGAGAAAGUGUGUGAAGAGCAGGGCGCUUGCGCCGUGAAACCAGAUGAAAAUUUCGACACGAACAACAACACUGAGAGUAGGGGUUGUUCUCCACACAACGCUGAUAUAAUCCUGACAAUGCCUAACGUUCAAGACGGCAUCGAAGAAGGAUACGCUUAUGUGGUGAAUGGUAAUGGCCAGGGGAUGCAUAUUCCUAAAAAAAUGAUUAAAACUAAGUAUCUAACCAAGUCCGAGGAAGAAACAAAAACCACCACAUCAUCUUCGUCAUCAUCUGUGGUUGUGAUUAACGAUAAGUGGGAGGAAGACACACAAAAUGACGAAAAUUCGGUUAUCGAAGAGCGUAUUCCCAAAAAGGCAUCUAGCCCCAGAAGUCUCAUUGACGAUCUGAAUUCACUACUGAGGACGGAUGGAAUAAAUCCAAAUGAUACUACAAAUAAUCCUGAUCUUACUACAAUAAUUGAGACUCCUCAAGACAUCCAAAAGGGUGAUGUCCCUAAAGAACCAUCAAGUUCUUCUAAUAUGCCGUGGCGGGAUAUGACGGAUUCUUCGGCCAUGCAAGAUAGUGCCUCUCGACUGUUCGUUUUCCCAAAAGAAUGCCCUGGAUACGAGGUUCGAAAUAAACCAGUUACGAGUGAACCUACUGUAAAGGAAACCCCGUUUAUCUUCUCACAACAAAGUCAGCAGUACGAGUCUAGACAAAAUCCCAAUGUCACCAGUCCUAAUAUUGAGUUUAACACAGGCGCUUCAAAGUAUGAUCCGUACGGUCCGUUGGAGGAACCAUCGGUCCCGGCGCCGAUCUACACGACAGCAUCUACAAACUGCCGCGUGACCACAUUGGGCGGUGGUCCGGACUCCUUCGUUCCCAACUAUCAACAAACUCCGCCCGCGGAAAGGCGUGCCCCAAAUGCAGAUGAAAUAAUGCGUCAGGUGGAGGCAAGGAAUAGAGCCGAGCAACAACAGCGACAGCAGGAACAACAGCAGUACGAAAUUCCGGAGUAUAAUCGUCAGGAACCAUCGGCUCCUCCGCGAAGCCAGAGCACUACGUCGCCGGUGCAUUUGCUGCCAGAUACUUUGGUGACUGGGGCCGUGAACGUGGCUUCCUCUGCCAUCAACACUGCACGUUCAGUCAUCAACAUGAUUGUACCACCUAGGGAGAAUGGCGCUUGGGUGAAUGGUCACUGGGUGUCUCAAAGAGCAGACACUCCACGGGAGGCUAAUUUGAGGGCUUUGGCCGAAAUGGGCUUUUGGGACAGAGAUCUGAACGCGACCUUAUUGGCCAGAUACGAUGAUGAUUUAACCAGAGUGAUUUCCGAGCUUGUUCAAUAGGCGACAUUCACGCUUGGUUUUCUCCGUAACAAUUAGUCCAUAGGUUCGAUGUUGUCGAAUAAAAUAUGUAUAUUCCUGAUAGAUAUAUUUAGCAUUGAGUUAUGGUGUAUUAGGGUAAAUAGUUUCUCACUCUACAACGUAGUUUUAUGGUCACAAUCAACUUAUAUACUCAGAAUGUCCAGAGGAAAACUUUUUAUUUGAUAUAUCCGAAAUGGUUUAUUGUUACGAAACAGUGAUUUUAAACAGUGUGAUUCUGAAGUGCAAUGAUGAGAGCUCGAAAAUAUUUGAUAAUAAAUUUUUUACAAAAAUUUUUGUAUUUAGUUCCUAUAUUUAUUUUGAUUACUUUCAUUAAAAUUAAGACUGGUGGACAUUCUAUAAUAGGAUUAAAUUUGCUUUGGAACUGGUUAUAGAACCUAAUGUAUUUUGUAAGUUAUACAUUUUAUGCAUUUUCUCAUUUAUAUAUUUACUUUAUGAAUUAUGAAUAUAUUUCAAAGUUACAA